AUGAACGCUCAGCGGGGUCGCUGUGUCGUUAACGGAUAACUUAGCUGUGGCUACGGCAUUCUGCAGUAAUUGCAGAGGUGGUUGCAAACAGCUGUCCAGUUAAACACCGGUGUGUUUGAUCUCUCUUUUAUAGGCUGUGUAUUUCUACACCUGACAGAAAUGUCAGAAACAUCCAGUGAUGCAGAGUCAUCCUGUGGUUGGACCAUCAUCAGUAAUGAGGGUUCAGAUAUUGAGACUUUGGGCUCAGAGGCUGCAGGGGACUUUGGAGAGCGCCCUCCAAUGGUGAAACCAGAGCUGCAGGACAAACCUGCUUCAUCUGGAACCAGCUGCAGUAAAGUGAAAGUUUCACACAAAGACAAUCUGGAACAAAACAGGGAUGAAGCCCUUUAUGUUGCAGAGGCUGAGAACAAUGCUGCAGAGAAAGAGCAUGUGUCUCUGUUGUCGUCAAGCGAUCACUCUGACAUUAUGACUUUAGGAGACGUGAAGGACGAUGAUCAUGCAGAAGUGGAUGCAUCAGUUCAUGAGGAGUUUUACCUCGGCACCUCUUGUAGUAGCCAGUAUGCCUUCACUGCCGCCGAGACGGUUUUCCCAGUGCAGCCGCCUGUUGUAAAAAACUGGAGCAGCAGUGAGGAUGAGGCAGGAGGAAGCUCCAGCCCUGUCGUACGAAGACGAAGGUUGAGGAGGAGUACCACCAGCGCUGUGACGGAUGCUGACGGGGAGGAGGUGCUGGAGUCCAGCCCGAGUGAUGAAGAGGAGGAGGUGGAAGAACAGAGACACCAGGAGGAGGAGGAGGCAGAAGUUAGACCUGCUACCUUGGAGACCCGGAUGCCUGAACGUCAGGGCAGCAGCGUCCUCAACAAAUGCAUCCUGCUCGCCCUCAUAGUGGCCAUCAGCAUGGGCUUUGGCCACUUCUACGGUACCGUUCAGAUCCAGGAAAGGCAGAAAACUGUGGAGAAAAUUAGAGUGAAUGAACUUGAUGGUGUGAAAGACCUUCUUCUGCGACAUGUCAGAGAACAUCUACUGUCCAACCAGAGAGGUGAGUUUGGCUUGGAUGACCUGGAUGACCACAAAGUUAUUUCAGUUCUUACUGAUGUAAUUGAGGAGAUACAAAAAGAGAAUGAGGAGCUCAUCAUCAAACAGGCUCACAUGCAGGCCCAGAGAGAUGACUUGAAAGUAUUGCUGAAGCAGAAAGUUGAGGAGAAGACUCACAUUAUGUCUCAGCAGCAGAAGCUGACAGCAGACAACCAGCUACUGAGGAGCUCCCUGGAAAGAGAAGAAAAGUCUCUGUCCAUACUUCAGGAGGAGCUGAAAAGCCUGCACUCUAAGAUCAAAGAUCUGGAAGCCAUGGGAGCUGGUGCCGAUUCCCUGCUGUCAGAAAACCAGAGGCUGAAAGAUCAGCUGGAGGAGGAGAAGCAGCUGAUCCGGAAUUUCAUGGGCCAGAGGGAAGACCUGAUGGUUGAAGCACAGACGCUGAGGAAGAAGCUUGACAGGGAGAGGAAGGUUACAGAUGAGCUAAGGAAAGAGAUAAAUGAGCUGAGAAGUCACAUUUCUGGAGCUGAAAAGGAAGCAAGUUCCGAAGCAGAAGAGCUUCAGUCACGUUUGAGCAAAUUGGAGAAAAGGCUGAGCUUUGAGCAGCAACGCUCCGACCUCUGGGAGAGGCUGUACGUGGAGACCAAGGAAGAGCGAGCCAAAGGAGACACUGAGUCCAAAGUGAGGAAAUCUAAAGAGGGCAUGGCAGGAAAAAUGAAAGAGACAUUUGACGCUGUGAAGAAUUCCACUAAGGAGUUUGUCCACCACCACAAAGAGCAGAUUAAGAAAGCGAAGGAAGCUGUGAAGGAGAACCUGAGGAAAUUCUCAGACUCUGUCAAAUCAACUUUUCGCCACUUCAAAGACUCCGCCUCCACUUUUAUCAACAAGGCUCGAGGGUUUUACGACAAGAAGCAUGAGAAGAAAGAGUCGUGGCAACACAGAUCUCACAAACAUCAUAGAAACCCAAACAAAUUUGACGACUUCUUUCAGAGCAACUACAACACUCGAAAAUCAGUGGAUAAAGUUCAUGAAGAUCGAAGCCAAAACACCCACAAGCCCAACCUGAAGAGAUGCACUGGGGUCUUUAACUGCGCUUAUGAGGAGUCUAUGAAUCUGUUCAACAAAGCCACGGAGCCGAUCAGAGCAGAUGAAUUCUACCAGCUGCUUCAGAGCUACGUCCAGCAAGAGGUCGACCACUUCCACCAUUGGAAGGAGCUGGAGAUGUUCAUCAACAACUUCUUCCACAAUGGUGUUUUUAUUCACGACCAGAUGCUGUUCACAGACUUUGUCUCUGGUGUGGAGGACUAUCUGGUGGACAUGCAUGAGUACCACGGCCUCGACGAUGACCUGUUUGGAGAUCUUGAUGACUAUAUUUAUAGGCACUUCUUUGGAGAUGGCUACUCAAAAAGCUAUGGCCCAAGCGGGCCAUUUGAGAGACCUGAGACAGACUCGAAGGAGGAAUCGAAGGCAAAGCAUCAACAACGUAAACAACAGAGAUCCAGAUCUCGACCGCACAGUGAACGCAAGUGGAGCAGAACAGGCAGAAACGCAGACAGACACAUGGCCGACGUCAAAAUAGAACUGGGUCCAAUGCCGUUUGAUCCCAAAUACUGAAAGUAACUCAACUCCUGUAAAUUCAUCGCUGUAGUUUUUAAGUUUUUUUGAGUUUGUAUUUAGUGUCUAAGUCUCCGUUUGCACAAUGUUAACUUUUAAAAGCUACUGAACGUCUUUGAGCUGUUUUGUGUUUAGUGAUAGAUCUGAUUGAAAGAUGUGGCAUAAAUGAUGUUGCCUGCACUUUUGCAACAUGAGAAGUUUGAUUUUACAUGUUUUAUAAAAGUGGAGACUGGAGGUGGAUUUGGCCUGUUAACCAUAACACGAUAAAAAUGUUUGAAAUAAUUUUGGGAGCCAAUCUGUUGUGCAAACAAUGAAAAUAACCUGCUACAUUUGGGAUGUGUUUGUGAACACAUAUUUCGAUCGUCUGAUUUGCUGCUACAUUGACAGACUUGUGUGGUGAUGUGGUUCUAAUCUGCUUUCAGUUUAAAUCUGUUAACAUUCCUCACCUCACUUUAACUGGACCUGGUAUUUUUAUUUUACUUUUAUAGAAGAUAAGAGUUCUUUUAAAUGUAAAUGUGAGUAAAAAUGUGUUACAUGUGUUACAUUCAAGACAGUUAGAAACAAUGUUUAAAGUUAAAAUAUUUAUUUCAGUAGCAAAUCCAUGUUGUGUGACAUUCUUCAUAUGGAAACAAACAUUGAGUUGUUUGAGCUUCUGUCAGUGCCUUUCAUAAAUAAAGAUGCUUCCUCCAA